GUUUUAUGUCUAAAUUCUCUCAUUAAAAUAUGUCUACAUAAUAUAAUAUAAAUACACAAAAAAAAAUUGCAUAUUUUUGGCCUUCUUCCAUCUAAAUUAGUCCUUCUUUAAAGCUGUCAAAAUGAGGGCACUUCUAGGUGCCGGAAAACUCCUGAAGAAUUGCAAAUACCGAAUUAGAUGGUACUGCAAGGAGAAAACCCUACUACCACAAAAGGAAAUCAGCGAGAGGAUCAAAAAGGCCAACGAAGCAGGUCUAGAAGGAUCUUCUUCGUCGAAUGUCAAGUCCAAGAAAGGAUCUGUUCCUCAGCAGUCUGAAUGUCCCUCGGAUUACGGCAAUAAGCACUCAAUAAUCCCCCCAUUCCCCCAGAAAACAGAAUGCAGGAAUCUAAAAUUCAACUUGAUAGCAAACUCUGAAACACUGGAAAUAUUCAAUUGUAAAAUCUGCCAUGAAAAUAGCUCAGGCGAAGACCUAGAAUCCCCUACAAAGUCAAAAGAUGCCAAAAUAAUAAAGCUAAUGAAUCAGUUCUCAAGAAAACCCCAACAAUGUGAAGAAUCGAGUAUUGUAAAACAAGCUCCAGUUGAAGAUAUGAAAAGCUACAAGAUAAGCCUAUUGUUAAGGAUGCUCAAGAGAAGGCAAAACCACGAAUUCUCAAUCGAUGUACCAUUUCCUUUGGGAAGAAAUCCCUGUAUAGAUGGCAAACGGGGUAAUGGCGAGAAAUCUAAGGAUGCAUCCCAGAAAGAAAGUUCCUGCAAUGAGGAAAACAUGAAAGCCGAGUCCUAUCCUGAAGUUGAUGAAACCAAAUCCAAAUCUCAAGAGGAACCUUCACAGGAAGAUGUCGUUGAGCCAGAGGAACAGAAAGCUAAACAAGAAAACACUGAACUUAAGGUAUCUAAGGAAGCAGCCCUGAGACGAAGUUCCUGCACUGAACAGACGGAGGAUAGAUCAAAUGAACGAAAAUUUAAAAAGACUGAGAAGAAGAAGACCACAAAACCUGUUAAAGAACAAGCUCAAGAAAAAGUUAAUCCUAAAAUUGAUGAAAGCAAGACUCCAGCUAUAAAGGAUCAUAAAGACGGCAAACGGGAAAAUGCCGACGAAUCUAAGGAUGCAGCCCAAACAGGAAGUGCCGUGCCUUGUCCUAAGCUAAAUGCCAAGUUGAAGGUAACUGCAAUAAACCACAAGUUAAGAAGAGUUCGGAGAAAUCUCCUGCUAAAGGAACUGCCCAAGAAAGUGUUAAGCCUGAAAUUGAUGAAAGCAAGAAGAAAACUAAAGAAAAUGCUUCCCAGGAAGCUAUGGCUGAACCCAAAGAACAGAAAGUUAAGCCAAAUCAAGGAUGUUCCAAAAUCAAAUACCUGCACUGAUAAAGUGUUGCAACCCAUGCCUUGUACUAAAUUAAAAGUUCAAAAAGAUGAUCCUUCAAAGGCAACAACUCAAUCGCAGCCACCCAAAGAUUGGAAGCAACCACCACUGCCAACUUCUGACUUUAACUUUCCUUUACUAUCGGCUUUUCCAUCGGGCAGAAAUCCCUGCAGAGAUGGACCCCGAGGAGGAAGCAAAAAGGAGCUCAAACCGGAGGCAACAGAAACAGAAGCCGAAGGAGAAGCCGAAGGAGAAGCCGAAGGAGAAGGAGAACUUAAAAAGGAACCCAAACAACCAUACAUAGAAGACUGCGAUUCUUUUCAAGAAAUGAUUGAAGAAUCAUCCUCAAAAGAAAAGGCUUCAAAUGCACCCAAGAAAGCUGAGGCACAAGCAAAAGAGAUUUCCAAUUCUGCCAAGAGCGAAAAGACUCUAACUGGUUUAAAAUCUUCCGAAUCUUUACCCUUAAAGAAACUAUUAAGUCUACCGAGCUACCAAAAAAGUAAAAAUGAAGCUCAUAAGGCAUCAAACUCAGUUUUAAACAAAGAAAAAGUAAAGCAACUUGAUAAAUCCAAAAAACUAAUAACCGAAGCUCAAAAGGCAUCUGCUUCAGAAUUAAACAAGGAGAAAACAAAGAAACUUGAUGAUUCCAAAAACCAAAUAAUCAAAGCUCAAAAGGCAUCAGCAUCAGUUUCCGCAAGGCCUCCAAGAGCGAGGAAACCAUCUAUGGAAGUAACCAUCUCUAAGGAUAGUACAAAUUCCAACAAACUUAAGAAUUUGCCAGCACCUCCACUGGAUUCCACCCUUGAGGCCUAUUUGGAUAGCAUUGAGCCCCUUCUCACAGAAGCAGAGUUUGAAAACGAGAUAAAAUUGACCGAAGAAUUUAUGAAAAAAGAGGGUCCGGAGCUCCAGAAUCUGUUGGAGGAGGCAGCCGCUAGUUGCAAAAACUGGUUAACUCCCCGAUGGACCCAAGCCGCCUAUUUAGCCUAUCAGGCACCCGUGACAGCCUUCACCAGUCCGGCACUAUCAUUUCCGGUGCAAACUUUCAAGGAUGCCAUGGAAUGCCUCACCUUUACGGCCCGAGCGAUUCGAGCCAUUUACUUGUUCAAGACGCUUGUGGAUCAAAAUAAAAUCCCUGUAACCCAAAUGGGUGAUAAUCAAUUGGAUAACAGCCAGUUUUCCAAUAUCUUUGGUACGGUUCGCAAGCCAGGAAGGUUUUGUGAUACUAUCGAGCAGUACUGCGUCAAUUACGUGGUGGUUGUCUUUAAAAUAAUGUAAUACUUUCAGUUACCCAUCGUUUCGUCUUCUGGAAAUCUGUCGAGUGUUACAAGUUUAGUGGAUGAACUGGAGGCCAUCAUCAAUUGUCCCCUGCCAAAGGGUGAACCCAUUGGCUUGCUAACCCACGACAAUCGAGGCAAUUGGGCCGAGGCUUAUGGAGCAAUGUAUUGUCAGCCUGGUAAUGCGGAUACCCUAGAGGCAAUAGAGCAAUCUCUUUUCGUGGUCUGUCUGGAUGAAUGUGUUCCAAUUCCCGAAGGACAAAAGUAUAUAGUGCAGGCACACCAGCUCCUACAUGGCGGUGGACUGACUGAGAAUAGUGCAAAUCGCUGGAUGGACAAGACUAUCCAAUUGAUUGUGAAUCCAAAUGGAUUGGCAGGAUUCUGUUACGAGCAUUCACCGGCCGAAUGUCAACCACUGGCCAUGCUCAUGGACUAUGUGAUGGAGAAAAUCCAAAAGGAAGCCGAGUCCGAGUCCGGGUCCGAUUGCCACUGCGAGUGUAGGGAACCCAACAAAGGCAACAAUUCGAAUCCAGCUCGACAUUUGAGAUUCCUUCCAUCUGACGAAUGCAUCAACAUGUGGCUCCAUGUUGCCAUGCGAAAUAUCUCAAAGAUCGCCAAUCAGCUGCAGAUGUAUGUCUUCGAGUAUGAGUGCCAUGGAAAGGACUUCAUCAAGGCUCAGGGUCUCAAUUCGGAUAGCUACAUUCAGAUGGCUUUGCAACUGGCCUACUAUAAUAUGCACAAAACUAUACCCGCCCAAUACGAGUCGGCACAUUUGCGAAUGUUUGUCGAUGGAAGAACCGAGACCAUACGUUCCACCUCUAAUAAAUCAAAGGAAUUUUUAGAGGCCAUGAAGUCCCAAAAUGCCACGGAGGAAGACAAGUUAGUAGCGCUCCAAGAAGCAGUGGAUCUCCAUGAAGAGUUGACAAAACGUGCACUCCAUGGUGAAGGCAUAGAUCGCCAUCUAUUUGGCCUACAGCAAAUGGCCGUGGAGAAUUGUCUACCAGUGCCAGAGUUCUUCAAAUCCAAGGGAUUCGUGCGAUCGGUUACCUUUCAGCUUUUUACCUCCCAAGUGGCCACCACACACAAGUCCUUUAUGGCCUACGGUCCUUUGACAUGCGAUGGCUACGGUUGCUGCUACAAUCCCCAGGAGAAUAAGAUCUCUUUUGCCAUUUCCGCUUGGAAAACAUCGAUGGGAGUUAACCCUGAGCAAUAUGGAAAAGCCAUUAAGAAAUCUCUGGACAGCAUGAGGAAAUUGAUUGUGAAAACGGGAGGGGAGAGAGUGGGCGAGGAUCCUUGCCUAUGUGAGAAAAUUUUGAAGUAG